AUCACGUAGUCUAAAACUGAAAAAAUCGGUGACGGAUUCUUAAGUUAUGGAAUCUGUCGGGUCCAAUCAAAUAUCGCCGUACGUUAGUAACCGAGACCAAAGGCAUCUCCUGGCUCAGCCGGUGGCAGAUCGGAUAAUUCGAGCUCUCCGUCACCGGAUCCGUCUCCUCCACCGUCCAAACGCCGCCACAUUUCACGUACUUGGUGCCACCUGUAACGUCUACACUGUGACGUUAACGGCCACACCGACUUGCACUUGUCCCGACCGUAGGAAACCGUGCAAGCACAUUCUCUUUGUCUUAAUCCGAGUUCUUGGAAUUCCUAUCGACGACAAGUGUCUCAGGCAACGGAGACUACGGCCAUGUAUCCUCUAUCGCCUCGUCUCCGCCCCAACACGACCUGAUUGCCUUGCCAGUUUCCGCCUCCAGCAACGGUUUCUUCAGCUUUUCUCCACCGCCACUUCUCAUUACAGCGAUACUAACUCCUCCUCCACCCGUGAUCUGGAAAAUGAGAUGGAAGAAGAAGAAGCAGCGACAUGUCCAAUAUGUCUAGACGAUAUAAACGCCGUUAAAAGCAUAAACGGUGAACAUGUCGGAAGCGAGGAGAGCGAAAAAGCGGUGAAGUGUAGAGUUUGCAAGAACAAAGUGCAUGAAGAAUGCAUGCUGAAGUGGAGGACGAGUCGGGGACGGCGGCCGGCGAUCUGCGUGGUCUGCCGUGCGCGAUGGCGAAGCAAUAGUCCUAGUAAAAGUCCUAAUAUUAGUAGUAAUAACGACAACUACAACCAUAAUUGUUACUUGAAUCUUGCUCCUUAUGUUAAUGAGGAGGAGGAGGAUGUGGUUGGCACGAGCCAACGGCCAUGUUGAAGAAGUUGACAGAUUGAUGCAUGGUUGUGUGAUAUCGUUGUGUUAAUUGUUAAUAGCAUUUUAAACAAGACACAUUUAACAAAAACAAAAUUAUAGAUAUAUGUUAAUAUGAUUUUAUGUGCCGCGUUGGUUUGGUAAUUAUCAGUGUUAUUUCAGAUUAAUUUGAUUUUAGAAGUAUCCAAUGUUCC